AUGGCUCCAAAGUGGUUUUCGCAAAGCGAUGACAACUCCAACCAACAACCAAAUGCCAUGGCUUUCACUACGACCGAUCCGACCCCUAAGAAGGCUUCACGACUAUCAGCAACAUUUGGCACCGACUCCAGACCGUGGAACUUCAUGAGCUCUGCCUCCGACCGCAGUUCAUCGUCUUCAAGGAAACGCCUGUCACUGUUCGGCGCCCGUAGCUCCACAGCCUCGUCAGCGGACAUAUUUUCGUCGGGUCAUUCUUCGCCUCGAGAUUCCGCUUUCGUCCAGACUGGUCGAUCCGAAAUUUCUUCUCGACCCGAAUCUCGCUUCAGUAUUGAUUCAAAGUCGACGACCAUUGCCGUGCCGCCCACAGACAGCUGGCGGUCAUCCAUCUUCUCUCGGAGACGCUCUUCCAAAAUUUCGAAAGGCUUGGAAACAAAGGAUGAAACCCUUAUGCGAUGGUUGCGUAGCGACAAUCGAACAUCGAGCUGGAGACGUGAAUCUACAGAUGCUGACAUGGAGCACGAGUCAGAAGAAGCCUUCUACCAAACAUUGAGCAAGAAGAACAUCUCGGCUCCCUUCAAUUUCCAACAUGUCACACACACUCAGCAGGAGCAGCUGCCACAACUAGCAUCUGUGACCGACAGUGAACUUGUCUCUGAGUUUUGGGCCGCAUCAGCCUUCCAAGCACCUCGAAGCGAACUUCGCGGUAUCAAAGCAGAUCCUGUCGACAGUAGCUAUCGAACUCGAGGAAACGAGAGGAGACCCUCUACCGCCUCAUCUGUUCGCUCCGAGUCUUUUGCUCUUAGGCACCACGGCUUAAGCUACACUUCGUCUGUGCAUGAACUCGAUAGCACUCCUUGUACUCCCAAUGAGACCGACUCUCCUGUCGACGAGCGAGCACGCUCGUUGUCGCUCAGCUCGAGAUCUCACAGCUUCUCCCGACUGGACUUGCCUUCAAGAGAAAGAUUGGCUGCCUUGGGUGCUGAGCAGAGAGAGCCUCCUACCAUGAUUCAUCCAGCUUUACGCGCCGCGCAAAACGCACCACCUACAGUAGAGCGUACAUCGAGUCAACCGCAGAUCUUCGAACUUCCUGGCACCAGUCUCGAAUCGGUUCCUGAGGAAAUGGAAGGUUGUGGGCCCAGUCCUGUAAAAGCCCCCCGAGCAAAGGCUAUGCUGGAUCUUUCACCCGUCACGUCGCCUACACUAUCACCACGAUCCUCACCAUCUCUUGGCUCAGCCGCCCGCCAAAAGAAUGGCCUGGUUUUUACCCCUUUCCCUAUCGGAAACGCUUUUGCACAAGCGUAUGGAGGCUCUGGUGCUGAAGUACCAAGAACUUCUUCCGAGAGUCGCCUCUCCUUCAGCGUUGAUGGCAAUGUACCCAGCUUGACUUCUGGUGAAUCAUGGGAAAACGACAUCGAUUUUUGCUACCUUGUAGAGGCUGAAUCGUCGUGUGAUUUCGACUGGGAGUCGGUAAAGUCGAGCCGCAAAGGAUCUGCCUGCUCGGCGCGUAGAGACUCGACCACCAGUGUCUCUAUCCAGCGCGCCUCGUAUAGUGAUCCAUCACGCAGAGCAAGCAUCAAGUCACAGCCAGAUGUCGAGGCACUUUUUGCCGAUUUUGACAGCAGUUCCACCUUUGUCAAGGAACAGAGCCGACAGGAUUCUCCUCAAAUGUCCGUCUCACGUGCUGAUUUGAGCCCCAUCUUGGAAUCGCCUGCCAAGAUUACCACCACCGACAGUAGUUCUGAGACUCUCAGUCCUACAAAGCCUCCUCACAACCGCUCAAUCUCCCUGGACGACAACGUCAAGCGCGGGCGUUCUUUGGACAGAAGCGCACGCUGGUCAAUUGCGUCACCAUUAUGUCUUCCAGAAGAUGCAAAGCAAAGAGGCAUCACCUUCACACACCCCAUGUACAAAUCACGAUCAGUACGCAUGUCCGUACCUUCGUCCUUCGCCGCACCUCCAUUGCCUCCUCCAAAGACCGCCCUCCCACCUUUGCCCGCACAGCCAUCGGCGAAGCCUGUGUCCCCUCCAGUUUCGCCCACUUCGCAAUGGCCUAGCUCAUUCCCAACCAUGCGCAGACCUUCUUCCGCACAGGAUCGCGCAAUCCUUCAGGCUGCCGGACGCUUCGUCAGAAACGGACGUGCAUCUAGCAGACCUACUACACCAAGCCGUCUCUCCCACGUCCAACACGCCUUUCGCACCUCCCCCUCCAUUGCUAUGGACUGCACCAGCAUAUCACCAAAGACGACAGCCAGUACUGAUUGCAAGUACAGUGGAGUGCCACCCACUCCACCAAUGUCUCCGCCCGAGCAACACCAGGGCUUCCAGGAGUACCCAGCUUGGAUAUAA